AUUCUUAGCAGCAGAAUUAAUAAAAAUUAAAAAAGGAAAUUAUGGAGACACUGCGCGUACACGCGUAACGCAGUGUGUGAGCUUGGGAAGGAACGUCCAGAGAAACCACGACGGUGCCACACUCUUUACUCACUCCCCCUACCGCCGCUCGCCACGUGGCCUACCUCCCCUACUUCUCGCCUCCCCCUCCUCAGCCCUGCCCAACCUCCCCUCUUUCCCCCUCCACCAUAUAUACCACCGCUCCGCCUCUCCCUUCUCAUCCCAUCCCAAUCCUCAACAACUUUAAACACCUGUUAUAUUUCUCUCUCUCUCUCUCUCUCUCUCUCUCUCUGAUCAAAUCUAUUUGGAUAUUCUCAAGAAAAUUGGAGCGAAGCUUAUCGAAGGCGAUAGGCCUGAAUCAACAUAAUGGAGCGUCUCACCCUUACCGGAUUACUGAAGCAGGCCGCCGACGACUUCCCGUCCAGACGGGCUCUCUCCCUCUCCGGCAGCUUCGAUCUCACCCACGCUCGCCUCCAUGAACUCGUCGAAAUCGCCGCCUCUCGCCUCGUCGUCUCCGGCGUCCUCCCCGGCAACGUCGUCGCCCUUACCUUCCCCAACACCGUUGAGUUUGUCGUAAUGUUUCUGGCUGUGGUCCGAGCCCGAGCCACGGCGGUGCCACUCAACUCGGCUUACACCUCGGACGAGUUCGAGUUCUACCUCUCCGACUCGGAAUCGAAGCUUCUCCUGACCUCAAAAGAAGGAAACAAUUCGGCUCAAGCGGCGGCUUCCAAGCUCAACAUUCCGCACGCUACCGCAUCGCUUGAUGGACCCGACGCGGACCUCACUCUCUCUCCGACUCACCCCGAGUCAGACCCCAACUCACUUACCAAACUCGUCAAUGAGCCGUCCGACGUGGCUCUCUUCCUCCACACCUCCGGCACCACGAGUCGACCCAAAGGCGUCCCCUUGACUCAGCUCAAUCUAGCAUCUUCGGUACAAAACAUCAAAUCGGUGUACAGACUCACCGAAUCGGACUCCACGGUUCUCGUACUCCCGCUUUUUCACGUCCACGGGUUACUCGCCGGGUUACUGAGCUCACUCGGCGCCGGAGCCGCCGUGACUCUCCCGGCCACAGGCCGAUUCUCGGCCUCGACCUUCUGGUCGGACAUGCGCCGGUACAACGCCACGUGGUACACCGCGGUUCCGACGAUACACCAAAUCAUGCUGGACCGCCACUUCAACAAUCCGGAAUCCGUUUACCCGAAGCUCCGAUUCAUUCGGAGCUGCAGCGCGUCGCUGGCGCCGGCGAUACUGUCGAAGCUCGAGGAAGAGUUCGGGGCGCCGGUGUUGGAGGCUUAUGCGAUGACGGAGGCGAGCCAUCUGAUGGCGUCGAACCCGUUGCCGGAAGAUGGCCCGCACAAGGCCGGGUCGGUUGGAAAACCCGUAGGUCAAGAGAUGGCGGUGUUGGACGAAAACGGCGUCGUACAACAAGCGAGUGCUAGCGGGGAGGUGUGCAUAAGGGGGCCAAAUGUGACGAAGGGAUACAAAAACAACCCGGAGGCGAACAAAUCGGCUUUCCAGUUCGGGUGGUUUCAUACCGGAGACGUUGGCUUUUUGGACUCCGACGGUUAUUUGCAUCUGGUUGGCCGGAUCAAGGAGCUCAUCAAUCGCGGAGGGGAGAAAAUAUCACCAAUUGAAGUGGACGCAGUUCUUGUGUCACAUCCGGACAUUGCUCAAGCUGUUGCAUUCGGAGUCCCAGAUGACAAAUAUGGGGAAGAGAUAAACUGCGCAGUGAUACCCAGAGAAGGAUCAGACAUUGACGAGGCAGAGGUGCAGAGGUUUUGCAAGAAGAAUCUUGCAGCCUUCAAGGUCCCCAAGAAGGUUUUCUUCACGGAUUCUCUCCCCAAGACUGCAUCAGGGAAACUCCAACGGCGGAUUGUAGCAGAGCACUUCCUUGCUCAGAUCUCCACCGCUAAGGUCCCCAAGUUUGGAGCUUAGACGGGCAGGCAAGCAGACACAAUAUUAUCUUAUCUGCAGCCAGCUAUUUUGCGUUGUUCUGCUGCAGUCAAAAAGAAAUCCCUGCACGUGGGAUUCUACAUAUUCGAUAUUGGUGGGUUGAAUGAAUAUAAGCAAAGUAGACGAUGAAAUCUGAUUGAUGUAAUUCUUUUUCAUAUUCCUUAGUAUAUAGUGUUAUUUGUUAAAAAUUCAAGGGUUUUCUGUAAUGUCAAAAACUUUAGUUAUUUCUUAGCAUUCCAGCCCAGGAACUUGCUACCCCCAAUCACAAACAUCAUGGGAAAGAACAAAAAAUACAGAAACAAAACAAAAGUUGUUUCAUGUUCUGUCCCAAUUUGCAAUUAUUGAAGUAGUUUGACAUAAAA